AUGACAGUGGAUAGCCUCAAACGCAAAGCAGAGGCUCUACCGCCUACGGCGCCACCGAAGAAGCGCAACGUCCAAAAUGCUUCCUCCAUCCGCUCCGCAUUCCGCUCCGACCUCUUCGAGGAGCCCGUGAUAACAUCUUACCGCAGAGGUUACGACAGCUCCGCGCCAUACCCACACGCGGUUGUGCCGUCUCUUAUCGAGGAUAGCCUUUUGCGCGGCGUCCGCAGCGAGAUCAGCGAGCACAUCCAUUUCACUCUAAAAGAGACAGACAUCUACCGCAUACACCAGAGUGGCGAUCUGGCAAACCUGUCUAAGCUCGAUGCCGAGAGCUUGAAACAUCUUCCGAGUCUCGUACGAUUAAGAGACGCCUUGUACAGCCCCGACUUCCGAGAAUGGGUCAGCAAGGUGACUGGGGCUGGAAAGCUCUCCGGCGAGAAAACAGACAUGGCAGUCAAUGUCUAUACACCCGGCAGCUAUUUGUUAUGCCAUGACGAUGUCAUUGGUAGCCGGCGAGUGAGCUACAUCUUGUAUCUGACAGACCCGGACAUACCAUGGCGUGCAGAAUGGGGCGGUGGCUUGAGGCUGUUCCCCACAGAAGUCAAGAAGAACAACAAUGGAGAGGAUAUAAAGGUACCGGUAGCAGAACACAGCCUAAACAUCGCUCCGAGUUUUGGUCAAUUGAGCUUCUUUACAGUUCUUCCUGGUGAGAGCUACCACGAUGUUGAGGAAGUCUAUCAUGCCAGUCCUGAGGACAAAGACAAUGGGCACGAUGGUGGGAGGAUACGUAUGGCCAUCAGCGGCUGGUUUCACAUACCGCAGGCCGGCGAGGAUGGCUUUGAAGAGGGCUUGGAGCAGGCGCAGGCGCAGCAAUCAAGCUUGACACAGUUGAAAGGAGCUGCGCAUGAGUUCGACGAGCCCCAAGCACACUUCCGCCACUACGAUGAGUCUCGGGUAGUCAUGAACAGCAGCGCCACAGCUUCAGAACUUGACCCAGGUGACGAUGCAGACACAGACGAAGACAUCCUCACCGAACAGGAUCUCACGUUCCUCCUUCAGUACAUUUCACCCAGCUUUCUCACUCCUGAUAUGACAGAACAAUUCGCCGAAUCCUUUACUGCCCAAUCCGUUCUCCAGCUCGAGCGGUUUUUCGGCGAGAGAUUUACGAAUGAGCUGAAAACCUACAUUGAAGUUGCCGAUAACGGGACGGCGACUCAAUGGAAGAUCUCUCGCCCUCCACACAAACACAGAUUCACCUACCUUCAGAGCAGCGAGAGCUUACACCAAGACAAAACUCCCAUCGCCCGCAUUCUCACCGACCUGCUCCACUCCCACGCCUUCAAGAAAUGGCUGGCCCUCAUCACAGGCAUCAAGCCUAGCAGCCUCGUCCGUCAGGACGCCAUUGCUCGCCGCUUCCGCCGUGGCAACGACUACGCCCUAGCCAGCCCAUACACUGGCGACCAGCCACAGCUCGAAUUCACCAUCAGUAUGACGCCUUCCUCCGGCUGGGAGCGCGAUGAUGAGCAAGAACAAGCCGCCACAGCCGGUGCUGAAGCCAACACUAACGGCGGACGCUCUAAGGGCCAGAGCUCGAGCACAGCAGCCUCCACGGACCCCGCGAUUCAAGUGUCGACUUCCUCUCUUCCCGAGUAUGGCGGCGAGGAAGUCUACAUGGCUGGCGACGAUGACGACAAUGACUCCGUCCACUCGAAAGCGCUGCCGCAAGUGGGCAAGAAAGCCGAUCCCGCGGUGUACAAGACGGCUGCAGACGAUGAGGACGAUGGCAUCUUGUUCACGAAUGCGCCGAGCUGGAACAUGUUUAGUGUCGUGUUGAGAGACAAAGGAACGUUGAGGUUCGUCAAAUACGUUAGCCAGGCAGCUGAAGGAGAUCGAUGGGACGUCAAGGGAACCGUCGAGUUGGCGGAAGAUGCUUUCGACGGGGAGGACGGGGAGGACGGGGAGGACGGGGAGGACGAUGCAGCAGAUGACGUGGGUGAGUCCGAAGAGGAUGAGGACGUCGAAGACGAUCGACAGGAUGAUGACGAGGUUGGCGAGGAUUAG